AUGGUUGUCAAAAGAAGCAUUAGGUGGAAGGAACUUGCAACACAUGAACAAAUUGCUAAUCCGCCAAAAAGAAGUCGAACAUCUUCAUAUUCGAGCUCACAACAAGUCUUAUCGGAUGGUCACGUAGGAGUUAAUCUUAAUGAUGAUAACGACGACAUUGAAGAAAUACGCCCACCUCCUCCUCGAAUGGGAAGGGACAAAACAAAAGCUCGAGCAAAAGGAAAAGGGAAAGCGACAUCUUCAAAUUCUUCGGUCGGAACCGAGCGGUCAGCUAGAUUGAAAGAAAUGAUGACACAAACGGCACACUUGAAUUCAACUUUGGAGAGGCAUAUGGUUGAAACCGUCCGACUCACUGAGUAUUCAUUGUUAAUGCAAGAUGUAAGACACCUUGAUCCCGAAGAUCAAGAGGCGGCUAAAGCAGUAUAG